GAGAGAGAGAGAGAGACCGUUGCAGUGUGUCAUCAAGGCAGAAGGAAGCAGCGCAGAAACGAGAGCGUGUCGAAGCAGUUUAGAAGCCGACCACGGUGAUGUCUCUGCGGGACGAGUUGUUGAAAUCCAUUUGGCACGCCUUCACGGCCCUGGACGUGGACAAGAGCGGAAAAGUGUCCAAAUCUCAGCUCAAGGUGUUGUCACAUAACUUGUGCACAGUGAUGAGAAUCCCACAUGACCCCGUGGCUCUGGAGGAACAUUUCAAAGACGACGACGAGGGGCCAGUUUCCAACCAGGGAUACAUGCCUUACCUCAACAAGUUCAUCCUGGACAAGGCGACAAACAACUUUGACCGGCAGGACUUUGACAGGAUGUGCUGGACUUUGUGCUCCAGGAAAAACCUGGACCAGAAUCAGCUCCUCAUCUCCAACGAAGACGCCUUCAAAAUCUGGUGCAUCUUCAACUUCCUGUCCGAGGACAGCUACCCGCCGGUCAUCGUCACGGAGGAGGUGGAGUACUUCCUGCGCAAGCUGACGGAGGCGAUGGGGGGCAGCUGGGUGGAGGAGCGCUUCGAGGACUACAAGCUGCAGAUGCUCUCGCAGCAGCAGCAGCAGCAGAGCAUCAGCGUGUGGCAGCUCAUCGAUCUGGUGGGCUCCGGACACUUCAGCAAGGGCAUGGACAGACAGACCCUCUCCAUGGGCAUCCACGAGCUCCACCAGGAGCUCAUUAUGGACGUGCUCAAGCAGGGCUACAUGUUGAAGAAAGGCCACAAGAGGAAGAACUGGACGGAGCGCUGGUUCACCCUCAAGCCCAACUCCAUCUCCUACUAUGUGAGCGAAGAUCAGGCUGAGAAGAAGGGGGACAUCUUGUUGGAUCAAGACUGCAGCGUGGAGGCUCUACCGGACAAAGAGGGCAAAAAGUGUCUCUUCUUCAUCAGAUCCUCACACAAGAGUUUUGAAAUCAGCGCGUCAGAUAAGAAGAAGAAGCAGGAGUGGAUUCAGGCCAUCCAGACGUGCGUGAGCCUGUUGCGAGCGGGCCGCCAGGCGCCGCAUCGCGAGUCGCGCCACAAACGUCGCGAGCUGCGCCUCAAGCAGCAGGCCGACCAGGAGGAGCUGCGGACCAGGAUGAAGGAGCUGCAGACGGCCAACGAGACCAAGCAGCAUGAGCUGGAAGAUAUGAGGAAGGCUCUGGAGGAAGCGGCAGCCAAUGCCGCGGAGGAAGAGCGGCAGCGGCUUCAGACUCAGGCCGACCUCCAGGACCGCUACCGGGUGGACCUGGAGAGAGAGAAGAUGGUGAGGCAACAGAUGGAGGAGCAGGUGGCCCAGAAAUCCACGGAACUGGAGCAGUACCUGCAGAGGGUCAGAGAAAUGGAGGACAUGUACCGGCGGCUGGAGGACGCCUUAGAGGAGGAGCGGCGCACCCGCCAGGAUGAGGAGACUGUCCGCAAGCUGCAGGCCAGGUUGCUGGAGGAGGAAUCAGCUAAGCGGGCCGAGCUGGAGAAGAUCCACCUGAGGCAGCAGCAAGCAAUCUCGGAAACGGAGGCUGAGAAACAGGAACUGCAAAAGGAGCGGCUGGCAAAGGACAAUGCCCUGAGGGAUGCCAUGAUGCAGCUGCAGCAGCUGGAGCAGGACAGGCAGGGGGCGCUGGAGCAGUACCAGACGGUGAUGAAGAAGCUGGAGGACGCCACCAAUAACACAAAGACGUGGAAGCACAAAGUGGCCGAACACGAGGGCUUCUUGCGCCUCAUUCAGCCAGGCUCCAAAGCUCAUCAGAUGAUCACAAACUGGGGCCCGGCCGCCUUCUCGGAUGCCGAGUUGAGCCUGAGGGAGAAGAAAUGGCAGGAAAUGAAGAACCAGGUGACACCGGCGCAGUAGACAACAACUGCGACAUCAAUGCUAACGGCUAAAUCACGGCGGGAAAGGAAAUACUGUCAUUAAUGUGUUUUGUACACUCUGUUCUCACCACCUACCUGCAUGUUAGGCAACCAAAAUAUUAACUUAUAUCAACUUAAUUAAUUGCGACCGUACCUAAUCAAGUGUCCAGUGAGCCUACUUUUUGUCACUCCUAAUUGAGAUUAAUAUGGAAAAAUGGAGGCGGACUGGUUAGCACGUCCACCUCACAGUGCAGGGGUCGCGGGUCCCCUGUCUUCCAGUGUGAAGUUUGCAUGUUCUCCCCGUGCCUGCGUGGGUUUUCUCCGGGUACUCCGGUUUCCUCCCACAUUCUCAAAACAUGCACGAUAGGUUAAUGGAACACUCGAAAUUGUCCGAAGGUAUUACUGUGAUCGUGAAUGGUUAUUCGUCCCAACCGUCUUCGGGCAGCAGGCGGGGGACACCCUGAAUCAGUUGCCAGCCAAACAACCACCAACGCCCACACCAAGGACAAUUUCGAGCGUCCAAUCAGCCUGCCAUGCAUGUUUUUGGAAUGUGGGAGGAAACCGGAGUACCCGGAGAAAACCCCCGCAGGCCCGGGGAGAACAUGCAAACUCCACAUAGGGAGGCCGGAGCUGGAAUCGAACCCGGUACCUCUGCACUGUGAAGCCGACGUGCUAACCACUGGACUACCGGGCCGCCCCUGGAUGGAACUGUGGAUGUAAAUAUGUUGUAUUUAACUCGCAGAACAUUCAGCGCACAUGCUAAUAAUAAAGAGUGAACCUUCCAAGACCGCUGUAUUUAGCGUAACUUGAGCGUGUUGUCAUUUUAAAAAUGUGAACAAAUAUUAAAAUGCGGAAUUAAAAAAACAAAUUGUUAAAACUGAGUGAACCGUCUUGAAUUUGAGAACAUGAUGAUUUUUGGUUCUUUCAUUUCAGUUUGAGGCUGCCUAUCGACACGCUGGCUGCAUCAAAGCAUAUUCCGUCGUCAAACAGUUUCGUAUUCUUCACGUUUAUGUCCACCAGCCAAAACUUUUACCUGUAGUAGUUUGGCAAAUUAUUUUUUUAAACUCAUUUUUAUGUCAUGUUUAAUUGUUUUUUUCUAAUUUGUGUAUUUUUGCCAUAUGAUAUUUUUGUAAUGUUAUUCCAACAUUUUCUUACCAAAUACGGACCGCUGCGAGGACCCUUUUGUUUUUGGUGGCAAUUAUUCUUAUUAUUAUUUACAAAAAUUAAUCGAAUUCUUGCUUAACGAAACGUGCAUGAAAACUUUGCACCAUAUUCGCACCCACCUAGAAUGGAAAUUUGACCUCGGCCAAGAUAUUUCAGCAUUCUCAACAGAAUUGAAGGUGAAACCAAACACUUUCUCUGUUUGUUUUGCCUGAAAAUUCCCAUACUGAAGUGAUUUUCCUGGAAAAAAUAAAACUUGAUCACUCAAAAAAGAAAAAAAUUACUGUUGGCACAAGACUUCGUUUGUAAAUAGACACGAUCCGACCUUCAACAGCAGGGGGCAGCACAGACACCAGAGAGGAAACCCAAAUUGUCAACAAGGUGAAAUCCGAGUGAAGGAAAACGACUAUCGAUAUCUGACAUCAAUUAUUUGGAACACGACU